AUGUCGGACGAAAACACGCCAAAGCCGGAGAACAAGAGCGACACGCACAUCAACCUGAAGGUGUCGGACGGCACGUCCGAGGUGUUUUUCAAGAUCAAGCGGUCGACGCCGCUGAAGAGACUGAUGGACGCCUUCUGCAAGAGACAGGGCAAGGACUCCAGCAGUCUGCGGUUUCUGUUUGACGGGCACCGUGUGAACCCGGAGGACACGCCGGAGGACCUGGACAUGGAGGAGAGCGACGUGAUCGAGGCGCACCGCGAGCAGGUUGGGGGGUGUAUAGGGUUCCGCGGUGCUGGCAGGGCCGCCAGCUGCCCGUGUGUAUAA